AUGGGCUAUGUGACUCCAGGGUACGCGACACGGCGACGUAAGCGACAAAAAACCGCAUUGAAAGUGUACUACGAAAAUGUGAAUGUCAGUGAAAAUUUGAAUGCGGCUCGAGGAGCUUCUCGAGGAGCGAAAUUGACACUGGAAAGGCUUCCGGUUGAUAUUUUGCAACAUAUUUUUGUUUUGUCUGGAACGAACAACGCGAUGCCCUUGGUCAAUAAGAAAUUUCAUGCUGUUCUCAGGGCAAAUGCUUAUUUGGCGAGAAGGUAUGUUUUGGAAAAUUAUGUGUGGGCGGUUGAGAAUCAGUAUGUCCUGGCGACGGAAGCAUUUGACGUGCCAGCAUUAAUGACGUUUUUUGUCGAUAAUUCGGAGUUUUUGGAUUUAAUUGACGGCGUCAAAUCAGUAGAUGCGAUUAUUACGACAAAAGAUAACUCAACAAAACUCUUGGAUUUUCCAAACGCCUUUUAUCGACACCCAGAGUUAUUGUUUUACAAUGAUAUUACAGGGAAGCGAGUCGUCUACAGCCAACUGUUGCUGAAAUUGAACGCUUUUUUCGAAAUCGAACAUCCAAGCUCUCUGUGCGAAACAGUGGUCCAUUGGUUCUUCUGGAAGAACGACCUUGAAAACUACAAUAUCAAUCACAUGUUUUAUGCAGUGAAGCUUGUCUUGCAUUUGUCGCGGCUGCGCAAUUCGACGUUAGACGACGUGGGGCCUCUCACAGAAUUCAUCAUCAAUAUGUAUAUGGACGUGACGCCCCGAUUAUUGACGUUACUUCUGUGCGAAAAGCUGGAAGACGCACAUCUCAUUUCUGAGCGCAAGGCCCGAAUUGUGGACAAGUUUGUGCGCAAGUUUUAUCGAGGCGAUGUCAGUUCUUUGUCGCACGACUCCCUUUGGCGCACGGUGAGCGAAAUAAAGGAUUUUGAGCUGAUCGAAGUAAUGGUGCGACACGGCGGCGCGCCGAGUUUUGACGUAGUAAAUUGA